AUGGUUCAAGAUUUACAGGAGGUCGACAAGCAUGAGGUCGAUACGCAGGACGACGACACUCUUAUGGCCGCCCCGUCACAAGACACUCUUGAGGAUACGAGCGUUAGCGAACCGCUGGAUGAUCGGGUUACCAUCUUGGUCGUCAAAUCCACUGGCGAGGAAUCGCAUUUUCGUGUGAAGCGUACGACGAGACUUGGCAAAGUUCAAGCGGUAUAUGCUGACCGGCUCGGGACGCACGUCGCCAGCAUUCGGUUCUUGUACGACGGUACGCGGGUGGAAGACCACGACACUGUCGCGUCCCUCGACAUGGCAGACAACGGUGCGGCCUUUGCCGCUGUGAAUGCAUGA